AGCUGUUAGCGCUGCAGAUGGCAAAGCUUGACAUGCUGAUAUCAAAGCCCGCAACGGCGGUCCAGCAAUUAUCCCGGGCUAUAUCAGAAUCAUGUCUGGCGAAUCAUUAAAUGUUAUUGCACUUAUAUCAGGCGGCAAGGAUAGCUUCUAUAGCUUACUGCACUGUCUAGAGAACGGGCAUCGUGUCGUGGCCCUCGCCAAUCUCUUCCCGCCGAGAUCUGAAUCAGAGUCCUAUGAGACCGAAGUGAUUGAGCCGGGGGUUGAACUCACCCGCAGCAAUGUUACCGGCAAAGACGAUGGCCGCGGAGAGGAGCAUGACUUGAAUAGCUUCAUGUAUCAGACCGUCGGCCACGAAAUCAUUCCGCUCUAUGCCCAGGCUACGGGUCUACCAUUAUAUCGACAAUGUAUUCGCGGGGGAGCAGCCCAGCACGAACGUGACUAUUCAUACAACCCACAUAUCGAGAAUGCCGAUGAGACGGAAUCUAUGAUACCGCUGUUGCAAACUAUUAUGAAACGCCAUCCAGAAGCAAAUGCUCUCUGCUCUGGAGCCAUCCUGUCGACAUAUCAGCGUACCAGAGUGGAAUCUAUAGCACAGAGGUUAGGCCUUACACCACUGGCUUAUCUCUGGAAAUAUACGGCACUUCCUUUCGAUGUUAGCAAGAGCAAUGAAGCACAGCUAUUGGUUGACAUGGCUGACGCCGGCCUGGAAGCUCGGAUCAUCAAAGUCGCCAGCGCUGGAUUAGAUGAAAGCUACCUCUGGCAGACUGCCUCAAGCCAGGAAGGUUCAGAGAAGAUUAAAAGUGCUCUUCGGAAGUUUGGAGCCGUCGAAGGAGCUGCAUUGGGCGAAGGCGGGGAAUUUGAAACCCUGGUUGUGAAAGGCCCGGUGCCACUGUUCAAAAAACAUAUUGUAGUACCAGAGACUGGUCGAAAGAUUAUCCACGAAGGAGGGGGAUCUACCUGGGUGAUGCUAGACGGCGCUCAUCUAUCAGAUAAGGAGCCUUCUGCAAGCAAUCAAUCGUGUGUCCGACAGCCCAAGCUUCUUGACGCCAAGUUCGAACAGAUUCAGAAUGACCUUGUUAGUGGGAAAGACUCUAAUGCACGAGCGGGUUCAUAUACUGCCAAAUUACGAUCAUCUGUUCAGGUCACGGAACUGGACGAUAUACGCCACAUGUCUUUCUUCGCGGGCGAAGCAGAUGUGGUACAGACUAUCGAUGAGGAGACAUCCCUUCUCGUGGACCAGAUCCGAGCACAGCUCAUGAAUGGCGAACUGAACCCGAAUCAAAUGACAACUGUUAUAAUUGUACUACGUCGCAUGUCAGACUUUCCCGCUAUAAAUGCCAAGUAUGGAGAGCUGUUUAGCCAACCAAACCCACCAUCGCGCGUUACGAUCUCCUGUGGUGACUUGCUGCCCGAGAGACGAAAUAUUAUGAUACAUAUUACUAUCCCUCGUAAGCCGGGCGACUCGGCUAGAGAUGGGUUACAUGUCCAGUCCAGGUCUCACUGGGCUCCGGCCAACAUUGGCCCGUACAGUCAAUCUAUUGGUAUCUCGUCAGCCUCGGGAUCCUCUGGCCUCAAGGCUACCUAUGUUGCUGGACAGAUCCCGUUGCUCCCAGCCAGCAUGCAACUGCCAACACAAACGGCCACCUCGUUGGAGCUGCAAAUCACACUUUCGCUUCAGCAUCUGUGGCGCAUAGGCUUGGACCGUCGCAUUCAGACAUGGACAAGCGCGGUUGCGUACUUUGCAAGAUCAGCAUCGAAGGAUGAAAUGAAGUCAAAAGCAAAAUUAGCCAGACGAGCUUGGCAAACUAUACAUGAGCUGCAGGAAGACGAAGAAGAAGACGAGGGAGGUCCAGAUUUGUGGGACCUCAAAUACAACCCUGAAUAUAUAUCGCUGGCAAACACAGGGCAGCAAGCCAGCAACAAACAUCUGCCAGAUUUCGAUAUUUUUUCCCUUAGCCAGCAAAACGAGCUACAGUCCUGCAUUCCACCAGUGUUUGCCGUCGAGGUUGAAGAGCUUCCUCGCCAGUCUGCUGUAGAAUGGCACGCUCAUAUAGGACUUUCGGAGCUUGAGGAGGGCUCAACCGAGUUUAUUCACGAAGCAUUGGCAAGUGGCAUCCAGUUCUGGCAUCAAAUUGUCCGCACUGAUACCCUCGUUUUUAUCCAUUCAGUUGCUGUUCUCAGCCAAGCCCAAGAAAUGCAGGAUAUUGGUACCACAUUUAUUGAGGCGUAUGCACAGUCGUCAAGAUGUUUAGAACUGAACUUUGAAGCAUCCGCAACUUGUAUACAGCCUUACCUCGUUUAUGCGAAUAUAGCCAAGACUGGGCCGACUUCGCCGGAGAUACCGACGAUACCAUGCCACUCUAUAUGGAGUGCAGGAGAGAAUGAAAUAGCGGCCGUUGCAUUGUUCAAACGCUCGUACUUGAAACAAUAACGAGCAUUAACAGAUCAUGCCCUGCAUGCAGGGGAGUCCGUUUCAUGCAGAUAGAGUUGGUACUGGGCAUGGGGUGUGCGUAUCACAGCUCUACCAAGGCAUAAAUACAUUUGGCAUAUAUUACGAAUGACAUAGCACAUGACAUUUCUCUCAAAUAUGCUAGUUAGUCUCAUGUCUGUAGAUUUGCAUCUUUCCCAACUGUUCAUGCUUGAUCAAGAUAAGAUUUGCUUUUGGCACGUGUGGGGCCGUGUCGCGGGUGGUCCCCCAUCGUAGAGCCGGUGAAUGACGCGAUCCAGC